GCUUCGAUUAGCUGGUGUACAUUAUGAAACAAUAUGUCAGAGUGCAAAUCUGCCAGAAAUUACCACGACAGUUCUCAUUACGCAACGGAUGUAAAAGUCAGACCCACAACUGACGUAUUCCAGCGUCUGCCGUCACAAGAUCAAGGAGACAAUGUCGACAUUACUACGGACUCUGAUGUGUCUGUUGCUGCUGGUAGCCGUCUCCUCGGCCAAGCCGGCACUGGACAGGGCCAAGAGGUCAAGCGAUCCUAAUCAGUGGAAAAAUCGAAAUCCUGGUCAGGCGUCUAGAUGUUCUUAUGGGGGUCGCGUCUUCAACCAUGGCGCCGUGUUCCUUGCCGCAAACCGAUGUACCAAGGUUCAGUGCAAUGGCGGACGGAUAAAUUUCUUUGACAUAAAGUGCUUUCACAACAAUAUGUGCUACAACGUCGGUGGCAACGUCAGAGCAGGACACAAUGGCUGCCAACUCUUCCGGUGUCAAGGAAACGGACAGUUCAGAGCUGUGCCAAAUGACCCAUACAGAUGUAAGGACGCCAACAACAUGUGCCGCAUAUGCCAGGGCUGAAAGUGGAAUCUCGCACUGAACUUUUUGUAUCCUUAAUAACUAUGAGUUAAAAAAUGUCCAUGACGUAGAACGAAUGUUUGGUUUCAAGCAAGAGGAAAACUAUGUCAUGUCAGCUUUAACUGACUGGUAUUUAAAAAAAUGUAAUAUAAAGCUUUGUUUAAAGAAUAAACUAUACGUUAAUCA